AUGCUGAACGUGAAUAACAAUAAUCCGUCUAACGGUGGCGACAGUAACGGUGGCAGUAAUUUUAUCAUUAAAUUACGGGGUCUUCCAUGGUCAGCCAAGAGUCCGGAGGUGCAAACUUUCCUUGAAGGUUGUAAUAUUCGUACAACGCAUUUUGUUCAAAAUAAAAAUGGACGGGCAUCAGGUGAAGCAUUUGUUGAAUUAGCCAGUCAAGAAGAUUUAGAACAUGCAAAAACGUUUGAUAAAAAAAGUAUUGGCAAUCGUUAUGUUGAAGUUUUUGAAUCAUCACCGGAUGAAAUGAACGCUACACUAUCGAAUAAUGAUCAGAGUGGAAAUAGUGGUAAUAACACAAAUAUAAAUAAUACCAAUACAGCCAAUCAAGGAGCUAAUUUUAAUGAAUCGACGUUGUCAGAUCCGGUUGUUAGAUUACGUGGGCUCCCAUACAAUAGCAAAAAAGAGGAUAUUACUAGAUUCUUUGAAGGGUUGGAAAUAGCUGAAAAUGGCAUACACAUCUCGAAUUCGAAACCGGCGGGAGAAGGCUUUGUCGCGUUCGUGAAUAUGGAAAAUGCACAAAGAGCUCUGGGAUUCAAUCGUAAAAAUAUCGGUCACAGAUAUAUUGAAGUAUUUGAAUCAACAUAUGUGGAAGCAAGAGAAAGUAUUAUUGCAGAUACACAGUUUGUUGUUAAAAAUCGAGGUGGAGGUCCCGCACGCGGCGAUAUGCCACAACGACAACAGCCACCAAUGUCCGGUGGACGUGACAACUAUAUGAAUGCUCCUAUGCCUGGUCCUGGACCUGGACCAAUUCCCCCACAAGCACCUUAUAUACCACAACAAAAUUAUGAUGCAGGAUAUGCUAAUUCAAUUCCAACUAAACGUGCAAUGACGACUAAUUUUACAAUAAAAAUGCGUGGUGUACCAUUUGAAGCUGGUGAAAAGGAUAUUUACGACUUUUUUAGUCCUGUCGUUCCAAUUCGAGUGGAAAUAGAAUUUGUUCGCGGGAAACAGAGUAGGUUAUUCGUUCGUUUGUUUGGCCAAAUGUCAGGAAUGGUGUUUGCUGAAUUUGGAUCGAGAGAAGAAGCAAAUGAAGCAAUGACGUUUCAAAAAAAUUAUAUUGGACAUCGCUACAUUGAACUAAUCCCACUUUAUGAUGGGAACGAUGAUAAUGAUAAUGGAAACAAAUCAAAAAUGUUACGCACAUAA